AUAAACCAUAUAGGGAAGUUUCUUGAUGUAGAAACUCAGAAACUACAGAGAUAGACAUCACUCCAACGAUGUUGAAAGUAAAGAUACUUUUAGGAAUUGUUAUUUUAAUCUCCAUAGUAGAUCACUUCGCAGCCGCAAAAGGAAAGGCUUACCCCGACUGUGUGAAAAAAUGUAAAGCAGCGGGAUUCAAUAAAAGGAAGUGCAAUGGUUGGUGUAAGAUUCCAAAGGGAGCAAAGGUGGACGGUGUCUGUUGGAAAGAAUGUAUAGCAGAAUUAGGAGGGUCAGAAUUUAGGGCAUGUAUGAAAAAAUGCGCUUGGAUACCAGUGGGUUGCAAAUGGAAACAGUGGACAGAUUGGGGCAAGUGUACGGAAUGUGACAAAUGCUGUCAGAAACAUUGCAUUAGGACAAGGGGAAAAAUACCAGCACAGGGUGGAGGAAAGCCAUGUGAAGGGCCCAGCAUAGAAACACAGAUGUUUAAAUGCAGCAAGAUUGAAUGCUCACAGCCCCAUACCAAGCCAGGAACAUGUAGUGGAUGGGGCGACCCCCAUUACACAACAUUUGAUGGCUUACGUUAUGACUUCCAGGGCGACUGCAAAUACACUCUCGUUAGGGCGCUCAAUGGGGCAUUCAAGAUUGAAGUGAAGAAUGUUCGCACAUCACCCACCAGCUCUGUGUCAGUCACAAGGUAUGCAGAUGUUUACGUAGGCAACGACGUCAUACGCCUUGGACCAGGAACAAAUGUUAAGGUCAACUCAAUACCCGUGACUACAUUUCCUUAUAAUACUGCCUUUUACUCCAUUGAUGUCAGUGGUGCAAACAUACUGUUUAACUGUCCAGUGAUGUCACUGAAUAUAGUAUUCCGUUAUGGCAUCAGCGUUUCACUUGGGAGACAGUGGAUGGACAUGGUUGACGGAUUGUGCAAGAACUUUGAUGAUAACCAGCCUAAUGAUUGCUCGGAUGCCUCUGGAACUGAUCUUACUGGGCAACCAAAUAAGGGGACGUUGCUUGGAGAUAGUUACCAAGUACUUGAUCCCGAGGAUCCAAGGUGUGACAGUAGCCUGAACGAUGAUCUUCCCAAUCCGUGCAAGACCGAUGAGGAAAUGGAGGAAGCUAAAGUUAUAUGUCAAGAGGUAGUCAAUCCAGAUGGUAUUUUUGCAGAAUGCGUUGGAAGGAUGUCGGAUGCAUUUCUCGAGAAUUUUGUUAAAGACUGCAUGGUUGAUCACUGUGAUAAUCCCGAGAACAUAUGUGAUAUUGUGUCCAAAUUUGCUGAGGCAUGUAAGCAAGAGGGAGUUGAUACUCCUAUGUGGAGGGAAGAAUUUGAUUGUCAAAUGGAAUGUGGGGAAAAUGAAGAAUAUCUGGCCAAUGGUCCGGGAUGUGAGAGGAAGUGUUUGGAAAGGGACCAAACAUAUUGUAAUACACCUCCCAGAGAAGGUUGUUUCUGUAAAACUGGAUACAUCAGGUGCAAUGGGACUUGCAUCAUUGGUAAAGAUUAUUGUCCACCGAGAACUGACCCUAGAUAUGGAGGCAACCCAGCAUUCAUGUGUUGUAUGCACAGUACUUGGUAUUGGCCUUUUGGUGGGAGUAGCUAUUCCAGCCAAGACAUUCCUGAUGGGGACUUUAUAGAACGCUGGUGCCCCAAGGGUCAAGUAUUCAAAGUAUUCAGUCACCAUGAAUGUGGCUGUGUUGAGGAUGAGAAACCAUGUGUGUGGGGUCAAUGGAGUAGAUGGAAUGUCCAGUGUCCACUCUGCCCAAAGUGCGGACCAGGUUUUGUAAUAUGCAAACGUACUAGGACAAGAAAGGGAGAAAACUGCGAACCAGAUUUUCAAACUCAAACAGAGACGUACAGACAACCUUGUGACCACCCCCCAUGUUGUGUAUGGUUGGAGUGGAGUGCCUGGAGUGACUACAAGUGUCCAGCUUGUCCAAAGUGCGGAGGUGGAGCGGUGACCUGCGUGAGGUCAAGGUCAAGAAGAGGACCAAAUUGCGAACCAAACUUUCAAACAGAGUUAGAGUCUAUAAGUAGGAAAUGCGAUACUCCACCCUGUUGUAUUUGGUCGGUUUGGAGCAGAUGGGUUGAGAGUUGCCCCCUUUGCCCUAAAUGUGGUGGAGGCUCAAUUCAAUGUAGAAGGACAAGGAACAGACAAGGAAAGUUUUGCACACCAAAUUUUCAAUCACAGAGCGAAACUUUCAAUAAAAUAUGUUUCACACCUAAAUGCUGUUAUUGGGGACCUUGGUCCACAAGUUUGUGCACAGCUUGUAGAGGAGGAUUUAUUGAUAUCCAAGGACCAGUAAAGAAGCGUGGCAUUUCGGACCGAAUCGAGCCAAUAACUAUUGGGCCAAUUAUUCCAAUUGACAAAUGUAUUGGCACCAGAACGUGUACACAAACGCGCAAGUGUAUAUGCCCGGAGAUUUUGGUACCAGAGAAAAUUCCCAUUCCACAAAAACGUGACGUAGAUAGUGACGUGGCGAAAUCUGAAAAGAAGAGAGCGGACCCGUUGGAUCUGAUUAAGGUCCCAAUAUCUAUCAAUGGUUGUGUUGGCUCGUCCAUUCAGUCUAGAAUGGAGCGAUGUGUCUAUAGUUCGAGGUUUUGUAAUAUAGAGUAGACAGUAUUAUAUCUAAAAAAGCUAUCCGACAAGAGUACAAACCAAAGUUGUAGAUUUGCACAUCAAAUCUAUGUCAAUCAUUCUAUAUUGUAAGACUAAACCAUCCAAUGAAUAAAGAGUUUUCAUACUUACAAA